ACUACGCCCUCUAGCCGGUCAUCGGUCAGCUGACUGGAAGUGACCUAACGUUAACGUUAGUGCUUUCGCUUUAGGAUGAGAGUGAAUCAGUAGAUGUUGGAACCAGAAACCCUAGUUUUUCACAAAACGACAGAACCGGGCUGGAGUAACUUUAUUCUCCUCGAAAAGGCCACUUCAGGAAAACAUAUCUAGCUAAUAAUUGUCAAAAUCAUGGCUGCGUCCGAAAGUUCUCUCCGGAAAAUUCUGUCUAAGACUUAUAAAUACAGGGACCUGACUGUGCGGGAAAUCGUUAACGUGACCACAUCUUACAAAGAUCUGAAGCCUGUGAUGGACAGCUACGUGUUCAACGACGGCUCCUCCAGAGAGCUGAUGAGUCUCUCAGGAACGGUGCCUGUAAACUAUAGAGGAAACAUAUACAACAUACCCAUUUGCCUGUGGCUUUUGGACACCUAUCCGUACAAUCCCCCCAUCUGCUUCGUCAAGCCCACCAGCACCAUGAUGAUCAAAAUAGGGAAGCACGUUGACGCCAAUGGAAAAGUCUACCUGCCGUACCUGCAUGAAUGGAAACAUCCUCAGUCAGAUUUGUUCGGGCUAAUCCAGGUGAUGAUCGUGGUAUUUGGAGAAGAGCCGCCUGUCUUUUCUCGGCCCACCACACAGACACCUUACCAGUCUUAUCAACCUGCUGGUCCACCUGCAUCUUCCUAUAUGGCAAACCAACCAGCCUCUUCAUUUAGUCAGAGCCACACUCCUAAUGCAGGAGGUUUUCAGGGUUACCCUUAUCCUGCUGGAAGUUCUGGAUAUCCAGCCACAUCAGCAGGAGCACUCUACACACCUGUGACCCCCACCACUACUGGGGGUCCCUCUCGUGAUGCCACGAUCGGAGAGGACACUAUCCGAGCAUCCCUGGUUUCUGCAGUGAGUGAUAAGCUGCGCUGGAGGAUGAAGGAGGAGAUGGAUCGAGCUCAGGCUGAACUGGACGCUCUGAAAAGAACCGAGGAGGACCUGAAGAAGGGACACCAGAAGCUGGAGGAUAUGGUGACCAAACUGGAUCAAGAGAUAGCCGACGUGGACAAAAACAUCGAGCUUCUGAAGCAGAAGGACGAGGAGCUGACGGCUGCUCUAGGAAAAAUGGAGAACCAGUCUGAGAAUAACGAUAUUGAUGACCUGAUCGUGCCAACAGCACCGCUCUACAGACAGAUUCUGAACCUGUACGCUGAGGAAAACGCCAUAGAGGACACCAUCUUCUACCUGGGCGAGGCUCUGCGCAGAGGCGUCAUAGACUUGGAUGUCUUCCUCAAGCAUGUAAGGCUCCUCUCACGCAAACAGUUCCAGCUGCGAGCUCUGAUGCAGAAAGCCAGGAAAACUGCAGGCCUCAGUGACCUCUACUGAUCAACCCAAAGCUCAGCGCUCCUCACAUUUACACCCCUGUGUAGUCUUUGCAUUAGCCAUAUCUGCUGAUGGGUACUGGGGGUUUUUCAUCCUUCAUCCUUUCAGCUUCGGUAGUCAGUGUCUGUUUAUGGCCAGGGUAUCUGAACGGUACUUCAGACAAUUAAUCACAUUUUGGAUAAUAACUUGUACAGUUGUAUGCAAAAGUUUGAAUUCCCUGGUCAACUGUUGCUUUUCUAAGUGAAAAUAAGCUUAAUGUAAUGUAGAACAUAUUCUUCAGAAAACCGUUUUUAAUGCAUACUGUCUCUCUGUUUGCUGGAAUUAACAUAUUUG